AUGACAGGAACAAACGUCACUGUCACUGAACCUUCUCGAAUAGACUAUACUUUAUUGUUAUUAAAACAUUCUUAUACUGAUACAGGGCCUCAUACAUUUCCGGACACCGAAGAUGAUGAUGACGAUUAUAAUAGUGGAAACAGGUACAAUAUAAUUAGUUUGGGCAAUCAAAAGCCCAAGUAUUCGGAGGACAAUGAAAGUCCCUACUCAAAGGUAUCCAAAAAAGUGAAGAAUUAUAUUUACGGCGGCUAUGAAGAUGAUGAUCAUGAGGAUGAAUACGACAAUGAGAUUUACUAUGAUGCUUUAGCUGACCAUGGGGCAAAAGUGUUGUCCCAUCCUGCACAUGAAUUGAGUAAAUAUAGUGGACCGUCAAAUAAGAAGAAUUACGCCUUCGCCUAUAAAGUGAAAGACAAGAAAACGGGAGAUGAUUUCUCCCAUCAGCAAGUGCGAAACGCCAAAGCCACGAACGGAGAGUACAGAGUCAAACUUCCAGAUGGACGGAUCCAAAUCGUUUCCUACAAAGCCGAUAAAAAUGGAUACAAUGCUGAUGUGAAAUACGAACACGAUCCAGAAAUUAUCCACAAAAAAAUAGUUAAUUCCUUUAUUUCCGAUCCUGAACACUACGAAGUUGAAAAAGUACCAGUUAAAGAAUAUUCACCUCCCUCUAGUGAUUAUGGUUAUGAACAUGAUGAUUAUGGAUACGAAGAUGAUGAAGAAAAAGAACAGCAUGGUCAAAAUAGUCAUCCGGAUGUAGAAAUAUACUCCGCCAAUCCAAGGGACCAAGUACGACAAAAUGUCAAAUACGUGUCAACCACCGUAAGGCCGUUAGCUUACCAGAAAAAUGUGGUUAGGUAUACAUCGACACCGGUACCACCCAGAACACAUUCUUACAAAACCGGUGUCAACAAUAAUGGAAUAUAUAACAUUGAUGUGAACAAAUAUAAGAAAAAUGUUGCCUCUACUACACCUUAUCCUGUUGGAGACGAAUAUCACAAAGCCCUCGCUCAAGAAGACGAAUUACCCGAAGGCAUUUACAUAGUAGGAAAAUCCGGCCACAAAUGAAAUAUCAAAUUUCAUUUGACAUAGGAAACUGCUGUCAGGUUUAGUAAUAUUAAGAUAAUCUGUAUAUUUAUUUUUGUA